AAAAAAGGUCAAUUUUUGGAAAUGUUUUGUACCAUAUGAGAUUAUCAAACAAAUGCUGGAACUGACAUGUAGGGAACAUGUAAGGAAUGCAUUUAGACUUUAUUCCAGUAUCAGUGUUAAUCAACAACAUAUUAAAAUACAUCACAAUAAUGAGUGUUAAAAAUCCAAUAAAACAUGAAGAAUUUUCUUCUGAAGAAUAUGCUACAAUAAGAAAAGUUAUACCAGGUUUAAAAGACAAACUAUUUAAAUUUGGACCGAAACAAUUUGUCGAAAGGUUAAAUUACCUAACCUACAAAGACGAAAUAUACAACUUUCCUAUAAGAAAUAGCGAUAUAUGGGUAGUAACAUUACCCAGAUCAGGUACCACGUUAACUCAGGAAAUGGUAUGGCAAAUAUGCAAUAAUUUGGACAUAGAUGGAGCUGGCAGAGAGUAUUUAGUCAAACGCUUUCCAUUUUUCGAAUACGCAGCCAGAUAUGCUGAAGAGGAAGUUAAAAAAAUCGUGGAAUUUAACAAGGGAAACCCGAAAAGAUUUAAUGACGCCCAGGAAAUAUUUACAAAGACAUGGGAUAGAAAUUGGCCUCAAGACAAACAAAGAUUCAUAAAAACUCAUCUACCGAUAUCUUUAUUGCCCCGUGACCUUCUGACCUCAGGAUGCAAGAUAAUAUACGUUGCCAGAAGCCCUAAAGAUAUGAUGGUGUCGAGAUAUUACCAUAGCAGAUGGCUUUUUAAAGAUGGCCAAACUAAUUUUGAGUCGCUCUGGGAAUUGUUGGAGCAAAAUUUGUACAUACCUUUCCCCUAUUGGGACCACAUACAGGAAGGCUGGGAACUAAGAAACAACAAAAACGUGCUGUUCAUGUACUAUGAAGAUAUUGUUAGGUUUCCGAAAGAGGCUAUAUUGAAAACAGCACAAUUUCUAGAAAAACCGUUGACCGCCUCGCAAGUCGACAAACUUGUCGACCAUCUAAAAGUCGACAACUUCAAAAAGAACGAUGCUGUGAACAAGGACUACCAGGAUUUCAUGCCCAAAUCUGCUAUAGAAGUGGAAUUUGUUCGAAAAGGAAAAGUGGGUUCCGCCAAAGAAGAGUUUUUCGACGAAAAACUGAAUAAAAGGGCUGAUGAUUACAUUAGGGAGAUGUACAAAAAAUACGAAUUUAGAUUUCCUAAUAAUACGUAAAUGUUACUUUAAUUUUAUUUUGUUAAAAAUGCUUUAAUUAUGUUGUGUAUGACAUGUAUUAAAAGAAUUUUUGCAUCUUUUCUAUUUUUAAAAUCUCAUCUAGUUACAAAGAAUAUAUAGUUACGAUCAAAUUUAAUACAAGGGCUGAAGUUUAAUAGUAGGUAUAUUACGAUCAAGUUUGAAUAAGUCAAAAAUAAAUAACUUAAGAAACACGUGUAUAUCUACGAACAUUUUCGUAAUUAAGUAUUACAACAAUGUUUAUCUUGAUAAAUAAAGUGUACAUGGAAUCAUAACAAUUAAAAUAAACCAAACUGAUAAGAACCUCGUUUUAAUUUAUUUUAGGGUCAGUGUAAAACACAUUUUAAAUAACAUUACACAAUAACCAUGAGCGUUAAAAAUCCAAUAAAACAUGAAGAAUUUUCUUCUGAAGAAUAUGCUACAAUAAAAAAAGUUAUGCCAGGUUUAGAUUCCAAGCUGUAUAAAUUUGGGGCGAAAAAAUUUACCCAAAGGCCGUAUUACCUAACCUACAAAGACGAAAUAUACAACUUUCCUAUAAGAAAUAGCGAUAUAUGGAUAGUAACAUUACCCAGAUCAGGUACCACGUUAACUCAGGAAAUGGUAUGGCAAAUAUGCAAUAAUUUGGAUAUAGAUGGAGCUGGCAGAGAGUUAUUAGUCAAACGCUAUACAUUUUUCGAAUAUGCAGCCUAUUUUAAUGAGGAGGAAUUUAAAAAACUCGUAGAAUUUAACAAGGACAACCCGAAAAGAUUUCAGGACGUUGAGGAAAUAUUUACAAAUGCAUGGGAUAUAAAUUGGCCUCAAGACAAACAAAGAUUCAUAAAAACUCAUCUACCGAUAUCUUUAUUGCCCCGUGACCUUCUGACCUCAGGAUGUAAGAUAAUAUACGUUGCCAGAAGCCCUAAAGAUAUGAUGGUGUCCAGAUAUUAUUUCAACAGAAAAUUCUUUAAAGAUGGCAAAACUAAUUUUGAGGAGCUCUGGGAAUUAAUGGAGAAAAAUUUAUACCCACCUUUCCCCUAUUGGGACCACAUACAGGAAGGCUGGGAACUAAGAAACAAUAAAAACAUACUCUUCAUGUAUUAUGAAGAUAUUGUUAAGUUUCCGAAAGAGGCAAUAUUGAAAACUGCACAGUUCCUAGAAAAACCUUUGACCGACUCGCAAGUAGACAAACUUGUCGACCAUCUAAAAGUCGACAACUUCAAAAAGAACGAUGCAGUCAACAAGGACUACAAGGACUUCAUGCCCAAACAAGCCAUAGAAAUAGAAUUUGUUCGAAAAGGAAAAGUCGAUUCGGCCAAGGAAGAGUUUUUUGACGAAAAACUCACCAAAAGGGCUGAUGAUUACAUUGAAGAGAUGUACAAAAAAUACGAAUUUAGAUUUCCUAAUUAUACGUAAAUGUUACUUUUUUUUUUUUUAGUUGAUGAAAAAUGCCUCAUUUAUGUGAUAGGAAUUUUAAUUAAAAGAAUUUUUAAAACUUUUUUGUUUUCUAUAUAUAUUCCUAGCCAUUUUUUCUAGGCUUCAUCUUGUUUUACAAAAAAUAUACAGUUACCGUUUAUACAUAUGACACUCUUUUAUCUGGAUAAUAUUGCAAAAUAUUUUUUAAUUAAAAUAAACUACUAUUCUAUUUUUAUUAUAUGUGGGUUGUGGUCGCAGUAAGGAGAUAUUGUGUGGUUUUAAGGGUUUGUAGAAUGUCCCUGUCUUUCAGAGUUCUCUUUCAAACAAUAAGUUAAUGUCGUUUGGGUUACGGUUAUUGUUGUUGCUUUAUCCAAAUGGAUAUCAUUAUUGUUUGACUUUUUUCUGAAAGGAAUAACUGAAGUUACUGACUACUUAAGAAACACGUGUUUAUCUACGAAAAGUAUUACAAUAAUGUUUAUCUUGAUAUAUAAAGUGUACAUAGUAUUUUCUAAAAACGAAAUAAUAUAAUGAUGAUAACAAUUAAAAUAAACCAAACUGAUAAGAACCUCGUUUUAAUUUAUUUAGGGUCAGUGUAAAACACAUUUUAAAUUACAAUACACCACAAUAACCAUGAGCGUUAAAAAUCCAAUAAAACAUGAAGAAUUUUCUUCUGAAGAAUAUGCUACAAUAAAAAAAGUUAUACCAGGUUUCUUAGAUACCAAGCUGUAUAAAUUUGGGGGGAAAAAAUUCGCCCUAAGGUCUCAUUACCUAAACUACAAAGACGAAAUAUACAACUUUCCUAUAAGAAAUAGCGAUAUAUGGAUAGUAACAUUACCCAGAUCAGGUACCACGCUAACUCAGGAAAUGGUAUGGCAAAUAUGCAAUAAUUUGGAUAUAGAUGGAGCUGGCAGAGAGUAUUUAGUCAAACGCUAUACAUUUUUCGAAUAUGCAGCCCGUUUUGAUGAGGACGAAUUAAAAAAACUCUUAGAAUUUAACAAGGACGACCCAAAAAAAUUUCAGGACGCUCAGGAAAUAUUUACAAAGCCAUGGGAUAGAAAUUGGCCUCAAGACAAACAAAGAUUCAUAAAAACUCAUCUACCGAUAUCUUUAUUGCCCCGUGACCUUCUGACCUCAGGAUGCAAGAUAAUAUACGUUGCCAGAAGCCUUAAAGAUAUGAUGGUGUCCAGAUAUUAUUUAAACAGAAAACAAUUUAAAGAUGGCAAAACCAAUUUUGAGGAGCUCUGGGAAUUAAUGGAGAAAAAUUUAUGCAUACCUUUCCCCUAUUGGGACCACAUACAGGAAGCCUGGGAACUAAGAAACAACAAAAACGUGCUGUUCAUGUAUUAUGAAGAUAUUGUUAAGUUUCAAAAAGAGGCCAUAUUGAAAACAGCACAGUUCCUAGAAAAACCUUUGACCGACUCGCAAGUAGACAAACUUGUCGACCAUCUAAAAGUCGACAACUUCAAAAAGAACGAUGCUGUCAACAAGGACUACAAGGACUUCAUGCCCAAACAUGACAUAGAAAUAGAAUUUGUUCGAAAAGGAAAAGUCGAUUCCGCCAAGGAAGAGUUUUUCGACGAAAAACUCACCAAAAGGGCUGAUGAUUACAUUGAAAAGAUGUACAAAAAAUACGAAUUUAGAUUUCCUAAUUAUACGUCGCAGAUCGCAGAACAUAAGCUUGCGCAAAGCACCCAGCUGACAAAAGAACCUUGCUCCAUCGCCACGUCGCUGGGUGCUUUGCGCAAGCUUAUGUUCUGCGAUCGGACCCCUGCGACAAUUGGUCAGUGUAAAACACAUUUUAAAUUACAUUACACCACAAUAACCAUGAGCGUUAAAAAUCCAAUAACACAUGAAGAAAUUUCUUCUGAAGAAUAUGCUCUAGUAAGAAAAGUUAUACCAGGUUUCUUAGAUGCCAAGAUGUAUAAAUUUGGGGAGAAAAAAUUCGCCCUAAGGUCGUAUUACCUAAACAACAAAGACGAAAUAUACAACUUUCCUGAAAUAUUUACAAGGGCAUGGGAUAGAAAUUGGCCUCAAGACAAACAAAGAUUCAUAAAAACUCAUCUACCGAUAUCUUUAUUGCCCCGUGACCUUCUGACCUCAGGAUGUAAGAUAAUAUACGUUGCCAGAAGCCCGAAAGAUAUGAUGGUGUCCAGAUAUUAUUUUAGCAGAAAACUCUUUAAAGAUGGCAUAACUAAUUUUGAGGGGCUCUGGGAAUUAAUGGAGAAAAAUUUAUACCUACCUUUCCCCUAUUGGGACCACAUACAGGAAGCCUGGGAACUAAGAAACACCAAAAACGUGCUGUUCAUGUACUAUGAAGAUAUUGUUAAGUUUCCGAAAGAGGCCAUAUUGAAAACUGCACAAUUCCUAGAAAAACCGUUGACCGACUCGCAAGUAGACAAACUUGUCCACCAUCUAAAAGUCGACAACUUCAAAAAGAACGAUGCAGUCAACAAGGACUACAAGGACUUCAUGCCCAAACAUGCCCUAGAAAUAGAAUUUGUUCGAAAAGGAAAAGUCGAUUCCGCCAAGGAAGAGUUCUUCGACGAAAAACUCACCAAAAGGGCUGAUGAUUACAUUGAAGAGAUGUACAAAAAAUACGAAUUUAGAUUUCCUAAUUAUACCAGUCGUAAAGAACCUUGCUCCAUCGCCACGUCGCGCAAAGCACCCAGCGACGCGUCGCUGGGUGCUUUGCGCAAGCUUAUGUUCUGCGAUCGGACCCCUGCGACAAUUGGUCAGUGUAAAACACAUUUUAAAUUACAAUACACCACAAUAACCAUGAGCGUUAAAAAUCCAAUAAAACAUGAAGAAUUUUCUUCUGAAGAAUAUGCUACAAUAAAAAAAGUUAUACCAGGUUUCUCAGAUACCAAGCUGUAUAAAUUUGGGGGGAAAAAAUUCGCCCUAAGGUCUCAUUACCUAAACUACAAAGACGAAAUAUACAACUUUCCUAUAAGAAAUAGCGAUAUAUGGAUAGUAACAUUACCCAGAUCAGGUACCACGCUAACUCAGGAAAUGGUAUGGCAAAUAUGCAAUAAUUUGGAUAUAGAUGGAGCUGGCAGAGAGUAUUUAGUCAAACGCUAUACAUUUUUCGAAUAUGCAGCCCGUUUUGAUGAGGACCAAUUAAAAAAACUCUUAGAAUUUAACAAGGACAACCCAAAAAAAUUUCAGGACGUUCAGGAAAUAUUUACAAAGCCAUGGGAUAGAAAUUGGCCUCAAGACAAACAAAGAUUCAUAAAAACUCAUCUACCGAUAUCUUUAUUGCCCCGUGACCUUCUGACCUCAGGAUGCAAGAUAAUAUACGUUGCCAGAAGCCUUAAAGAUAUGAUGGUGUCCAGAUAUUAUUUAAACAGAAAACAAUUUAAAGAUGGCAAAACCAAUUUUGAGGAGCUCUGGGAAUUAAUGGAGAAAAAUUUAUGCAUAUCUUUUCCCUAUUGGGACCACAUACAGGAAGCCUGGGAAUUAAGAAACAACAAAAACGUGCUCUUCAUGUAUUAUGAAGAUAUUGUUAAGUUUCCGAAAGAGACCAUAUUGAAAACAGCACAAUUCUUAGAAAAACCGUUGACCGACUCGCAAGUCGACAAACUUGUCGACCAUCUAAAAGUCGACAACUUCAAAAAGAACGAUGCAGUCAACAAGGACUACCAGGAUUUCAUGCCCAAAUCUGCUAUAGAAGUGGAAUUUGUUCGAAAAGGAAAAGUCGAUUCUGCCAAGGAAGAGUUUUUCGACGAAAAACUGACCAAAAGGGCUGAUGAUUACAUUGAAGAGAUGUACAAAAAAUACGAAUUUAGAUUUCCUAAUUAUACGUAAAUGUUACUUUUAUUUUUUUAUGUGAUGAAAAAUGCCUCAUUUAUGUGAUAGGAAUUUUAAUUAAACGAAUUUUUAAAA